GGUGCUUUCACAGUGCACAGUGUUCACACAGUUGGUUCAAGGGAACAAUUGAGAGGUUGUUGUGUUUCGUUUUUAACUAAUACAAGCGAUUACUUUUGCUUCAUCAGAGACAUUAUUGAUCAAUUUGGAUUUAGCAUCGUCUUGAAAACUGAACAAGGAAUUAGUGAAAAUGCGUCUGAUCCAGAACAUGUCAACCAUCGCAGAGUUUGCGACCCCAGAGUGUCCGUCUAACCGGACCAUCAAAAUAGCGGUGAUUGGGGGCAGCGGAGUUGGCAAAACAGCUCUGGUAGUAAGAUUCCUGACAAGGCGCUUUAUUGGCGACUAUGAGAGAAACGCAGGAAACCUUUAUUCAAGAGAGGUCCAAGUGGACGGAGAGCAGGCAGCCAUCCAAGUCCAGGACACGCCGGGUGUUGAUGUGACAUGCAAUGGCCUCAGCCUCCCUGAUCAUGUGACCUGCUCCAUCCAAUGGGCCGACGCUGUGGUGUUGGUCUACUCUGUGACUGACCGCCAUAGCUUCGACCUGAUUGGCCAGUUGCACCAGCUGGUGGCCCGCGCGGGCGGGGUCAACGUGCCGCCUGUCAUCCUGCUGGCCAAUAAGGCGGACCUGCUGCACAUGAGACGGGUGGAUGCCGAACAGGGCCCCCUGCUGGCGGCAGUGCUGGGCUGCUCCUUCUGCGAGGUGUCAGCUAGCGAGGACUACAACCAGGUUCAUGGGGCCUUCCACAGGCUCUGCUGCCACAUGGCCAAGCAGCAGCCCCAAGCCUCCCUGUCCUCCCACACCACAACUGGAGCAGCAGAAAAGAAGGGGCGCUCACCCCUCAUCCCCAGGCCCAAGUCCCCCAACAUGCAGGACCUGAAGAGGCGCUUCAAGCAGGCUCUGUCAGCUAAAGUCAGGACGGUCACCUCUGUGUGAGAAGUACUUGGGUUUGUCUACUACACAACAUGGUCCAGAGUGGCUACAGAAAAUACAUUGAAUGAGGAGAAACGAGGACAGAAGAUUCCUGUCUCGUUUGGGGACUCAAUCCUGUAUGGCUAGAGCAGCCUGACCUGCGACGAGCAGCAGAGACAAAAUGGAGGCUCAACUUUGACCUCUGACCGAAGUCACUGUCUGACAGGUGAUGACCUGUGGGGUGAAACUGUUCACUGAGUCUGCAGAUGUCUGCUAUGAGGGACAGCAGCUGGGAGGUGUUGGUAUGUCAACCCACCAGAUGGGACAGAGGAGCUGAAUGAAGCCCAGACACACUCCAGAUUGUGUGAACACUGACAUCUUCUCUUGGUAACAAAAGCCUUGAAGGAUACUGCACAGAGUAUUUUUAGCUGGCAGCAAUUUAGUUUUUUUUCUUUUUUUCCCUCAGGCUGCCACUGUAUGGCAAUGCUAAAAGAGCACUGGCAUUGUCAGACAAGCCAUGCACUUGAGUCAGAGUGCUGAGUUUGUGACAGAUGAGAACCUGAACAGUGAACAAUCUCCAGUUCCCCAGUGCAUUCCUUGUACAACAGCCAAAACCAUCAUUCUGCACAUCAUGGUAGUGAACUAUGAGUGGAAGGCAGGAUCACUGUGGGGCAGCAGGGAAUGAUAUGGGGCUGGGUGGGAUGUUGGGGUUAUUUGUAAUGCACUUUAACAAAGCCAAAUGUUUGACUUAUUUGUUAUACUUUUGAAAAUAAAAUGAUUGCAUUCAUGAUGA